CCCACAUCAGGACUAUCAGCGAAUCACUUCACAACAGUUGCAUGGGAAUCUGAGACCUGGACCUGCCAAUGCCAUCAUGCUGCGUUGGGCAGUGGCCGGCAAACAGUUACGGACCUGAUUUUUGUCGUCCCUUACAUAUUCUCCUACCACCUCUUCCAAUAAACGAUAACAGGACAGUCGCCAACAUGGAAUCCACAUCAGCACGCGACCUGUCACUCCCUGAGAAGGACUCCUCAAAAACUAUCGUUAGCACUUCUGAUAAUAGGGAUGCAUCUGUUCCAGAGGAAGAUGCGUACCUGAGCGGCUACAAACUCGUCGUGAUUCUGACAACACUAUGUCUGUGCAACUUCCUCGUGGCAGUGGACACUACGAUCCUCGCUACGGCUAUUCCAGUCAUCUCAGAGCAAUUCCGUUCUCUCCAAGACGUCGGCUGGUAUAUCUCGGCCUACCUCCUUACCAACUGUGCCUUUCAGUUUAUGUACGGAAAGCUCUACACGCUUUACGCCGUAAAACCAAUUUACAUCGGCGCCGUGGCCAUAUUUGAGAUCGGGUCCUUAGAUAUGUGCGGUCGCGCCCAACAAUGCGGUAUUCAUUCUCGGUCGCGCUGUUGCUGGACUUGGGGCCGCGGGAACCUUUUCGGGAGCUCUCAUCGCAAUCGCCCACUAUGUCCGACCGGAGAAUCGAGCUGCAUAUUCUGGCAUGAUCGUUGGCAUGUAUGGAAUCGCAUCUAUCGCAGGACCCUUGAUCGGCGGAGCCUUUACUUCUCAUGUUACCUGGCGUUGGUGUUUCUAUAUCAACCUUCCUAUCGGAGGCGUCACUUUGGUUGGCCUAGUAUUCUUUUUACAUUCUCCAAACCAACCCACGCCUACCGACGACUCUUCUACCGGUCUCUGGGCACGCAUCGCUAAAUUCGAUCCAUUAGGCGCGAUCUUCUUCCUUGCUUCGAUCAUCUGUCUUCUCAUUGCUCUUCAGCUAGGAGGAACAACCUACGCGUUCUCGGACGGCCGGAUCAUCGCCCUCUAUAUCUUGUUCGGUCUUCUUCUCAUUGCAUUUAUCGCGCUUCAAUUCUGGGGAGGUAAGAAUGCUACCAUUCCCAUAAGCGUCUUGAAGCAGCGAUCCAUACUUUUCGGUAUGUUUUACAUGUUUUGCGUGGGCGCUCACUUCUUCGUUCUUGCCUACUUCCUUCCCAUCUGGUUCCAAGGCGUCCGUGGAAGAUCAGCUCUCCAGUCAGGCAUCAAUACGCUGCCUAUUCUUCUCGCGCAAACCAUCUCUGUUGUCCUAGGCGGUGUCUUCGUCUCCUCAACAGGCUACUACAUCCCUUUAAUGUGGGCUUCUGUAGUGCUGACUUCGGUUGGCGCCGGCCUUCUUACCACCCUAGAGGUCGACUCUGGCUCAGGCAAAUGGAUCGGCUAUCAGAUCAUCUACGGUAUCGGCGGCGGUCUCGGAUACCAACAAGGUAUUACUGCGGCGCAAACCGUCCUUGGACCAACCGAAGUCGCUAUCGGUAUAGCCCUAAUGGUCUUUGUGCAGAACCUUGGAGGCACGAUUUUCAUUUCAGCAGCAAACAACGUGUUUGUCACCAGACUCAUCAAGAAUCUGGCUAGCAUGGCUCCUGAUCUGAAUCCCAAGGCCAUAACUAGCGCGGGUGCGACGGGCUUGAAACAGGUUGUGCCGCCUGCGGAAUACCCAUUGGUGCUCGUCGCAUAUAACGGUGCUGUCAUCGAAAUAUUCAAGAUGGGCUUGAUUCUCGCUUGCUUGUGUGCUAUUGGCGCGGCAGGUAUGGAGUGGAAGAGGGCUCAGACGAAAGAGAAACCGAAGAAGGAGGGUGAUAUUGAAGAGGAUCAAGCGAAUGAAGUCGAGACGAAGGGGCGUCAGAUGAUCGUUGCUUGAUCUAGCGGUUGCGUAAAAGGAGGUGGGGUUUUGCCCUGGGACAUUAUCUUUGAGGACUAAGGACUUGGAUGUGUUUUACUUUGGCGAGGGAAUGGAGUGACUAUUUAGUUUGGGUUACGUGAGCGUAAAGUGGGAGGACGAGGUAGGAAAUGAGGUGUGAGAGAUUGAUUGCAAUGUGGCGAAGGAAGCUGCCUCUUUCCGUUGUUCUUAUAUACACUACCUAGACGUUUUAAUAAACCAACGAUCACAUUUCACCGGUG